AUGACGAACAGCGACGUCUCCGAGUCGAAGCCCGAACGAAACCUCAGCCCACUGCCUCUGUUCGCCGACCGCGUUAGAAACGCGCUGGAAUCGCAGAGAUCUGGAAUCAGCACGCCGGUAUUAGACAACCACAGUCCUCCCACCCCCGAUCCGUCACCGCCUGGAGUCCGCCAAACGUUAUCGCCUCCCCGACCACCUCUCAGCCAUUCGCCCAGUUCGUUCGCCGAUUCGUUCAAAACCGCUCACGAGGGCUUGAGUGCCAGUGGGAAUGUGAGCCGAGAGCACUCGCCUUUCGAGGAUGAGCCCAGCCAGCAGCAGAAGUCAUGGUUGCAUGCGACAAUGCCCGUGCGGCUGGAUGGGCUGGGGUUAUUGGGAGACGAGCCUGUCCGCGUCAACGACACUUCGAGUGAGGAGCAUGUACGAGUGAAAGAUUAUCAACUAUCCAGCCCAGAGCAGAACUAUGAGUCUGACAAGAGCGAGGUUCGGGCGAAGAACUACGUCUUGUCAGGCUCUGAGAAGAACGAAGAGUCUGAUCGGGGGGAAGUCAGGGUCAAGAACUACCAGAUGGAAUCAGACAGCGAUUUGGAGCCGCAGAAUGCGAACGCGUCGUCUUCGCCCACAUUCCGAAAAGCGCUCGAUCACCACAUGGCCCAGCAUAGGCUCAGGAAGCCCAUUCAACCCGGCGAUGAUGCGAAACGACCGAAUGAAGCGCUGCUCUACAGCUCACUCGGGACAUGGAAAGGUCGAAAAGCCUUGACAACACCACAAACUCCGCCAAGACGUGAGAAAGACACCACGUUCUUAAGGAAUGCAGAUCUCGUGCCACCCCAAACCCCAGAAUCUCUCAUUGAUUUGUCGCCUCAAACGCCGGAGGAAGAGCCUGAGACACCACGUCAACGCAAGAAGAGUGCGGACAAGCCGAACGGGACACCCAAGAAACUGCGCGAGUUUGCGCCGUCCGCAUCUCCAGCCAUGAUGUCUCCGCCGAACACUGCUACGAAAGAGCGUUCGUUGGAGGAGAACAACAACGUCUACCGCAUGAUUCAAGAGGAGAAUGCCAAGCGACACAGCGCAAUUAGCGAUGGUAGCGUCCAGGCCAAGGUGGUGCUGAUGCCGGAGAGCAAGAAGAAGCUGAGGCAUUCGAGAAAGCGCGAUUCAUUGCGAGGGGAUGUGAGCAUGGCGAGCAACAGCAAGAGGAGCAGCUCUGAGAGUGGACAAAAGCUGAAGCACAAGCGAGCGAUGGAUUCACUUGGUGGCAGUGAAGUGACUCCAGAUGUGACACCCGAGAGGAACGAUGGCGGCCUGAAGUUCUCUUCGCGGAUAUCUCGAUUCGAUCCUGGGCAGAAUGGAUUCGAUUACUGGUCAGCGUUGCCAGAUGAAGAUUAUGUGCAAGAAACGCCGGUCGAGGCCGAGCCGGCUGCAGGUCCUGCUCUGGAACCAGCAUUCAAGCCACGCCGACUGCGACGAUCUCUUCGUGAGAGAAGUCUUGAUAAGCAGCCCUCAUCAGGACCUAGGCCGUGGAGCAUGGACGGUCAGUCGCUUACUCUCGACCAGUCUCAAUCGAUCUCGCCGAAGUUGCGGAGAUCGUCGGCAGAAAAGCGACUUGACAGAAACGAUGAUGUUCGUCGAAACAGCAUUAUCCGAGAACCACAGACCAUGUCCCAGAAGCUCGACAGAGUCGCUCAAGAUCUCACACGAGAAGGUCAUGAGAUUUCCGAUCACAGCUCACUGACCGAUCGACGCCGCUCUUCAGAGAAACAGCCGCUCUCGCCCCGCCGCAAAGGUUUCGAUCCACAUGCGCUUCGCCCUAUGGGAACUCCAUUGUCGACCAGUCAGUUCUCCGAUCGCACUGGCAUGACUGAAGCAGAGAUUGGCGAGGCUAGAGGCGUUCAGUUCUUCCCUCACAACAAUGAUAGCCUUUUACUCAUCCAGGAGAGCUCUCUGCCGGUCGGUGCACUUGACGCGCUUGGCAAUGAAGCUCUUGAUGAGUCUGACGAGACCGAACGAAACACACCAAACCCAGUCUUCCAGGCCUUCGUCGAUGCGCCAGAAGAUUCCGCGGGUGAGAAGGAGAGGUCGAAGCAUACUGUCGACAGUCCCCUGACGAACCCACGAGCCGCACCUGAGCCACCUGUCAUCAAGUUCAUUCCACCAACGCCGAGCGAGGAGCUGGAACGAGCACUGGGAGGAGACGCAGCUAACGAGCGCCAGGGGGAUGAAAAUACGAAACCGAGCAUGCCAAGACGCAUGAGCUUGACCCAGAAGAUGAGGCGAUAUAGCGACGCAGUCUUUCAGCCACUUCCAUUUGGACGAUCUGGAAGUGUCCGCAAGUCGCAAGCCAAACGCGCGACCAUUUCUGAGCCACGACCCACGCACCUGUCGUCUUUCUGGCAGCCUCGCGACUUCUGGGAAGAGUAUGAUAGUGAGGAAGAAUAUGAAGACGAUGGUCCAGAUGCUCUUCCGCCAGGUGGGGAUACUUCAAACAUCCCCGACAAGAAGCGCAGUCUCUUGCCAAGGAACAUGAGUGUGCGGAUGCCAGGUUUCCGAGGCACUGGUGGAUUUCUGGUCGGAAACUCCCUGGGUCUGGACCGUCACGGCACGAACAAGCGGAGACACUACAUUGACAAACGUACUAGCGAGGAGAUGCUGCGUCGUCUGGCGGAGCAGAGGAGACGACGAACUUUUCCGUUGCCAUUCUCCGGCGGAGCGCGAGUCGAAUAUGUCGGUCUAAAUGGCCUGGGCACGAGGAUGCGCGAGUCACGAAAGCGACGACAGGAGCGGGCACUGGAGAAGAGGAGGGAGAAGCUGCGUGGCCAGAUCGGCACGCGGAUGUAUCAUGACGGCGGGAGGUGCGGUGUGCCCUGA